UGAGGUUGACGUCAUCCUGUAUACAGCGCAAGAUGGCGGAUAGUAUUCCUCUUCACCCGGUUCGGAAUACCCAGAAAAGAGUCACUUACUAUACAGCAGGGCGACCAAACAGAUACCAGGCAGAAGACGAAUCACCCCAUUUGGAUGAAAUGCCACUGAUGAUGUCUGAAGAGGGAUUUGAGAAUGAUGAGAGUGACUACCACACUUUACCAAGAGCAAGGAUUAGCCAGCGGAAGAGAGGUUUGGGAUGGCUGUUAUGUGGUGGAUGGAAAUUAAUUUGUACUGGUUGCUGUGAAUGGCUUGCAAAUAUCUGUAGAAGAAAAAAGGAGCUUAAAGCACGCACGGUCUGGCUGGGAUGUCCUGAGAAAUGUGAAGAAAAGUAUCCAAGGAAUGCCAUCAAAAACCAAAAGUAUAAUAUAUUUACAUUUAUUCCUGGGGUUUUAUAUCAACAGUUCAAGUUUUUUCUGAAUCUUUAUUUUCUUGUUGUUGCCUGCUCGCAGUUUGUACCUGCAUUGAAAAUAGGCUACUUGUAUACUUACUGGGCUCCUUUGGGAUUUGUUCUGGCAGUCACAAUGGCUAGAGAGGCUAUGGAUGAAUUUCGGCGAUAUCAGCGGGAUAAAGAAAUGAAUUCACAGUUAUACAGCAAGCUUACUGUUCGAGGUAAAGUACAAGUGAAAAGUUCAGACAUACAAGUUGGAGACCUCAUUAUAGUUGAAAAGAAUCAGCGAAUCCCAGCUGACAUGAUCUUUCUCCGAACCUCUGAGAAAAAUGGUUCCUGUUUUAUCCGUACUGACCAGCUGGAUGGUGAAACAGACUGGAAGCUAAAGAUUGCAGUUGGAUGUACUCAGAGAUUACCAGCUUUGGGGGAUCUCUUCUCAAUCACUUCAUACGUUUAUGCACCGAAACCUCAGCUGGACAUUCAUGGUUUUGAAGGUACCUUUACAAGGGAAGAUAGUGAUCCUUCUAUUCGUGAAAGCCUAAGCAUAGAGAACACACUUUGGGCAAGCACUGUUGUUGCUUCAGGAACUGUAAUUGGUGUAGUCAUUUAUACUGGAAAAGAAACCCGAAGUGUGAUGAAUACAUCCAAUCCUAAAAAUAAGGUGGGCUUGCUUGAUCUUGAACUGAACCAGCUGACCAAGGCACUGUUUUUGGCGUUGAUCGCACUGUCUGUUGUAAUGGUAGCCUUGCAGGGGUUCGUAGGUCCGUGGUAUCGCAAUCUUUUCCGGUUUCUUUUAUUAUUCUCCUACAUUAUACCCAUCAGCUUGCGUGUGAACUUGGACAUGGGGAAAGCAGCAUAUGGCUGGAUGAUUAUGAAGGAUGAAAAUAUCCCUGGUACAGUAGUCAGGACCAGCACCAUUCCAGAAGAAUUGGGCCGCUUGGUUUAUUUAUUAACAGAUAAAACAGGAACUCUUACUCAGAAUGAAAUGGUUUUCAAGCGUCUGCACUUGGGUACUGUUUCCUAUGGUACAGACACCAUGGAUGAAAUACAAAGUCAUAUUAUUAAUUCAUAUGCACAGCCAUGUCAGUCUAGUGUGAAUAGCUCUGUAUCAGCACCAUCCAUGAAAGCUCAGUCUUCAGCUCCCAAGGUUCGGAAGACAGUCAGUAGUCGAAUUCAUGAAGCAGUGAAAGCGAUUGCUCUUUGCCACAAUGUUACCCCUGUGUAUGAGUCCCGUGUUGGAGUAACUGGAGAGACAGAAUAUGCAGAAGCAGAUCAAGAUUUCACUGAUGAAAACCGUACCUACCAGGCUUCAAGUCCAGAUGAGGUGGCCCUGGUGCAGUGGACGGAGAGCAUUGGCUUGACACUAGUAAACAGAGACCUGACUUCAAUGCAGCUGAAGACACCUGGUGGACAAAUCCUUACAUAUUACGUCCUGCAGAUUUUUCCAUUCACUUCUGAAAGUAAACGAAUGGGAAUAAUAGUCAGGGAAGAAUCUACUGGUGACAUUACAUUUUAUAUGAAGGGUGCUGAUGUUGCAAUGUCCAGCAUUGUACAGUAUAAUGACUGGUUAGAAGAAGAGUGUGGGAAUAUGGCACGAGAAGGACUUCGUACUUUGGUGGUUGCAAAAAAGUCACUAACAGAAGAACAUUAUCAAGAUUUUGAGAAUCGUUAUAACCAAGCAAAGUUAAGCAUGCAUGACCGUACACUUAAGGUGGCUGCUGUUGUAGAGAGUUUAGAGAGGGAAAUGGAGCUUCUGUGUCUUACAGGUGUGGAAGAUCAACUACAAGCUGAUGUAAGACCUACUUUGGAGAUGCUGAGAAAUGCUGGAAUAAAGAUUUGGAUGCUGACUGGGGACAAACUGGAAACCGCUACCUGCAUUGCCAAAAGUUCACACUUAGUAUCUAGAAACCAGGAUGUUCAUAUCUUCAGACCAGUUACUAACCGAGGAGAAGCACAUCUUGAACUUAAUUCUUUCAGAAGGAAGCAUGACUGUACACUGGUAAUUUCUGGGGACUCCUUAGAGGUUUGCCUUAAGUACUAUGAGCAUGAGUUUGUUGAACUUGCAUGCCAGUGUCCAGCUGUGGUCUGUUGUCGGUGUUCUCCCACUCAGAAGGCUCAGAUAGUAAAAUUGUUGCAGCAGCACACUGGUAAACGCACAUGUGCCAUAGGUGAUGGCGGUAAUGAUGUCAGUAUGAUACAAGCUGCAGACUGUGGGAUUGGAAUUGUAGGAAAGGAAGGAAAACAAGCUUCAUUAGCAGCUGAUUUUUCCAUUACACAGUUUAAGCAUAUUGGCAGAUUGCUGGUGGUGCAUGGACGGAAUAGUUACAAAAGAUCAGCUGCACUGGGCCAGUUUGUCAUCCAUAGGGGCCUUAUUAUUUCAACUAUGCAGGCUGUAUUUUCUUCAGUUUUCUAUUUUGCAUCUGUUCCUUUGUACCAGGGGUUUCUAAUGGUAGGGUAUGCAACCAUCUACACAAUGUUUCCUGUGUUCUCCUUAGUCCUUGAUCAGGAUGUAAAACCAGAAACAGCCUUGCUGUACCCUGAACUUUACAAGGAUCUUACAAAGGGUCGUUCAUUGUCUUUUAAGACAUUCCUCAUCUGGGUUUUAAUUAGUAUAUACCAAGGUGGUAUUUUAAUGUAUGGGGCAUUACUGCUGUUUGAGUCUGAGUUUGUGCAUGUUGUGGCCAUAUCUUUCACUGCCCUGAUCUUGACAGAGCUGCUAAUGGUUGCAUUAACUAUUCGAACGUGGCACUGGUUAAUGGUAGUUGCCGAAUUCCUCAGUCUUGGCUGCUAUGUGGCCUCACUUGCCUUCCUUAAUGAAUAUUUUGGUAUAGGCAGAGUAUCAUUUGGAGCCUUCUUAGAUGUCAGAUUUAUUACUACUCCUGCCUUCCUGUGGAAAGUGUCAGCAAUAACUGUUGUAAGUUGUCUUCCGCUUUACAUCCUCAAGUACUUGAAGCGCAAGUUGUCUCCUCCAAGUUACUCCAAACUUACCUCAUAAAAAUGAACCCUUUGCUUGUGGAAGAAAGGAACUUGUACCACUUUAAUAAGGGUUUGCCUAAGCACAGACACUUAUUGGCUUCUAUGAGCACUUGUAUAUCUUUUAUUACAAUCUUGCAGAGGUCUGUUGGGAAGCAGUUCUAUUCAGCGAAGGACACAAAAUAAAAGAAUUGCUAAAUGUCUUCUCAUAAGUAGGUCCUUAAGUAAACCUACAGUGCAGGCAAGAUUUGUCAGGACAUUACUGCAAAAUAUGGAAGCAUUUCGAAUAAAUAAUAUGAAAAAAUGGAUUUGCAAGGGAUUGUCUGAACUUUUGAAACUGGAUGGAUUUUACUACAGCCACCUGUAUUAUUUUGUUGUUUUUGACACUUUCUUUCAGUAACUUCUUUAAUGAAGAUGAGCUUUCUGAGACUGGUAUUUCCCCAAGUGUAUAAAUAUUUGCAAACUACAGAGUUAUCUGCAGAUUUUCUUUGAAAUACUAGUUGUGGAAUACAACACAGGUUUCUGCAAUGUUUUUUCCUUGACUUUUACUACACCUACAAAUCAGGACUGCAGGAUAAUAAAGCUGCAGACAUGUUAUUGUAAGAACUUGCCAACUGCCGCUAAGUUAUACUGUACAACAUACUGCAUAAUAAUACAUACGACCACAGUGGUUAGAGCGUAGUUCAUGGUUUUCAUGUGACUGGUGUGGGUAAAUGUAACUGGAAUAAAUAAACCAUGCAUUGCCCACUUAGUAGAGAGGCAAUUUCCUUAUAUAGUGGACUUAGUUAAAAUGUUUUUAAAAUGUUGUCUCAUACUUUUUUAAAAUAACUGCACUAUAUAAAUCAAAGAUUUUCAUUAUCCCUGCUGUCUCUCUGUGAAGUGCUGUGAUCCUUAGUUAUUCUUUUGACAUACUAUGUGCAUGUCACUUAUAUGACAUUGCAUAUGCAGUAUAUUGCUGGGCUGCUGUUUGAGCUACUCGAGUCAUGGCUGAUAAAUGUCGGACGGUACAUUUAACUUGCAGUCAAUGUGUUCUGAAAAUCAACAUCUAGCAGCAACACAAGAUUUUAAAGAGGGUAAGUACUGUUGUGAUGAGUUGCAAUUCAGACUUUUUAAACAAAGUUUGUUACCAGUCUUGUAAUGUUGACAAGUUAAACAUUUGUUCGCUAACCAGUGUUUCUUUCCAUUGGUGAUUAAUUUUCCCCAGUGAUCGCAGUUAUGUUUUCCAGAAAAUUUUAAUGAUUGCCAUUGGAUUUCCAUGGGGAUUGUAUAAUGUUGAUUUAUGUAUGUACUUGUCUACAUUAUGUUUAAAAGCUCAUGUAGCACUGCCUGCUUUAUUACAGAAUCUGUCCAUUUGACAUUCCAGCACCAUAUUUUCCAAAUAAGAUUAUUUGCAAAGCUGACUGGCAUUCCAUAAAUGCACAUAAAAAUCAAGUUGCACAGACUCACAUAUGUGUGCAUAAUUCCAGUGUCGCUUGAUGUGCUUAAAAAGUCAUUAGAAGUAUCACUCCAAGUUUCACAGUGUUUAAAACCUAUGUGCCAUUGUCUAGCUUCUUGCUUGUCCUUAUGAUCAGUAAAUGCAUAUUUACAGAGUUUAAUACUACAUUGUAAAUUUGAAAUGCCUUGCAGCUUCUGUUUACUUAUGUUACUCAGGUAAAGGGGGAUACAUUUUUGUUAGCUUAAUAUGAAAGGAAACUUCUUCAUCUUCCAGACUGCAGCUUCUGGAUAUUACAGUUGGAUAUUCACUGGAGUAGAUUAUUUUAUGGUUUAUAGUAAAUAAUGCACAUCUACAGUUCUAAAAUAAAACAACUUAUGUGGUAUUAUUUAAGCUACUGUAUAUAUUGUGUUCAGAACUCAUUUUGCACUGAGUAGUAAAAGGCUAAUUUAAAAAAAUAUAUUCUGGUAUGUUCUCUACUUUACUCAUCAGUUAUUGGCCCAUUUUUUAUUAAAAAUGUAAUGCAUUUGUGAAUGUACUUUAGAUAUGUAAACAUAAACUACUAUUGCUUUAAGUGUUGUGCUUCUUUCACGGUGCUUUCUCCACAUAUGUUCAAGUUGGUGCAGUCCAGUUAUAAUUCCUUUGGCUAAUUCAGAGUAUUUAAAGCUUACACAUUUUUAUACUCCUGACAUUCCUGUUUUAUAGCUGAGACUGCAUUUAAAUUUUUCUUUUGUCCAUGUUUAAUUUGCUUUUGCUUAACAAUUUCUGUUAUGAAAAGCAAUAAAAUAAUUUUUACAUAA